UGCAGUGUUGAUGAUGUUGUGUCGGCGCAGUAACAUAACAACCGCCGUCCGGUCCGGUGCUUCGAGUUUUCCGUUUUUGAUUCCGUCGCGGACCGCGCGUAAAACGCUACGGGUAGUCGACGGACCGCGGACGUGCCCGAUUAUAACACUACAGGUAAAAAGGUAAUAAGUGUGCAAUCGUAUUGGACCGAAUAUUAUAUUAUUGUACUUCGCGUUAGCAGCAAACGGCGGAAUCCACAUGACUUCUCGUCGUUUCCGGUCUUCCUGUCCGAUCGCCGCGGUGGUUGUCUUGUUACUGGCCCUGCUCAUCCCGCCGCUGACGGCAGCGUCUUCCGGUAAAUGCCGACUAGUCCGUUCUCUCCGCGAUGAGAUCGCCAGCUAUCGUCCCGUUGUGGAACGCGUGCUCUCGUACGUCCAAGAUAAGAAUGGUUACAAGGGCAGGACAUGGGCCGCCUUAUCCGAGUUCACAGAUACGUUCGGCUCACGGUUGGCCGGCACGUCAAACCUCGAGAACUCCAUCGACUACAUGAUGAACUCACUGAGGGCCGAAAACUUGGACAAUGUGCACGCCGAACGCGUCAUGUUCACGGGAUGGCAAAGACGUAAGGAAAACGCUGCGUUAGUGAAACCUAGGUUCAAGAACCUGGCGAUGUUGGGGCUGGGUGGCAGUGUCAGCACGGCCCCGGAAGGAAUCAGGGCUGAAGUAGUGGUGGUCACCUCGUUCGACGAUCUCUCCAAUAAAUCGUCACAGGUCAGCGGAAAAAUCGUCGUGUACAAUCAACCGUACGUGUCGUACUCUGAAACUGUGGUGUAUAGGUCGAUGGGAGCGAGUGAGGCGUCCAAGUACGGUGCAGUGGCCACAUUGAUCCGAUCCAUCACUCCGUUCUCGUUGAACACACCGCACGCCGGCCAUCAGAGUUACAGCGAAGGCGUGAAAAAGAUACCGACGGCCUGCAUCACGGUCGAGGACGCCGAACUCUUGUACAGGAUGUACAACCGAGGCACCAAAUUGGAGAUUUUUUUGAAAAUGGACUCAAAGUUCUUUACCAACGCUACAUCCAGGAACACUGUUGCCGAAAUCAAAGGCACGACAGAACCCGAUAAAAUAGUGUUGGUAUCGGGACACCUGGACAGUUGGGACGUGGGUCAAGGUGCGAUGGACGACGGUGGCGGUGCGUUUAUAAGCUGGAAUAGUCUCGUCGUACUGAAAAAUCUCAAACUUCGACCUAAGAGAUCGAUAAGAUGUUUAUUGUGGACAGCUGAAGAAGAAGGAUAUAUAGGGGCCUAUGCGUACUUAAAAGGACAUAAAUCAGAACUUGAAAAAUUUAAUUUGGUCAUUGAAUCGGAUGAAGGGACGUUUCAACCGUAUGGAAUUGAGUUUCAUGGUUCUGAAACAUCAGCGUGCAUUAUGGUUGAAGUGGCCAAAUUAUUUGACUCCAUCAAUGCGACUACCAUGCAAUCCAGCAAAUACAACGUUGGUUCGGAUAUCGAAGUAUUUGAAAACAUUAAUAUACCCGGUUUGAGUUUGUUGAAUAGAAACGAAAAAUACUUUUGGUACCAUCACACAGAAGCCGAUACGAUGGCCGUCGAGGAUCCAGAUUCGUUAGACUUAAACACUGCAAUGUUUGCGGUUAUAUCGUACAUCAUUGCUGAUUUAUCCGUAGAACUGCCAAAAUCAUAAACAUCAUAAAAUAUUUAUAUUACUUAUGUCUAACGUCUGUAAAAUUAAAACAAUUUUCUACGAAUAGCUUAUAGGCAACGUUAGGGCUUAAAUCAUAUUGGCCAUUAGGCAUGUAUGAUAAUAUAUUAUAUACAUUUUGUACUAAAAUCAUUAAAGGUUUUAAAAAUAUUAAAACAUAUUUUCAAAUGUA